AUGGAGACCCCUGUUGCUGAUUAUAAAGCUGUUAUUGAAGAUCAUUUAAAAGAAGGUAUCAUUAAGAAAGUCAUAACAUGUGAAGAAGGAAAACCUUCAUUUUAUUUGCCUCACAGGGCGGUAAUAAGGGAAGAUAAAACUACCACUCGUUUGAGAGUGGUAUUUGACGCGAGUUCUCGUGCCAAAGGACAGUUGUCGUUAAAUGAUUGUUUGCAUACUGGUAUCAAUCUCAUUCCAGAUCUUUUUGAGAUUUUAAUAGGUUUUAGAGAACAGGCUAUUACCAUAACUGCCGACAUAAAGAAGGCCUUUCUGCAAAUACAGAAUGCCGAGAAAGAUCAGAAUUGUACUAGCUUCUUCUGGACGGAAGAUUCGGAAAAGGAAGAAAAUGAAAUUUUCAAGCUGACUCGAGUUCUCUUCGGUGUCAUAUCAAGCCCCUUCCUCCUUGCAGCUACAAUACAACACCAUCUAAAGAGGCCAGAGAAUAAUUCUGAAAAUUUAGAAGAAACAGUUACUGGGCCUGAAGCAAGUUAUAAUACCUGA